AUGUUCCCUGAGCUUGUCGUUCGCGACAGCCCCGAAGAUGGAUUGUCUCCCGCUAUGGUCGAUUUGUUGAUCGCUCUUUUGGUCUUGGUUCUUCUCGGUCUCAUCCUGGUUGCCGGUCUUAUGAUCCUGCGUCGCAAGCGCCAGAACCGCAAACUGUCCGACCUUCCGGUGCACAACGGAGAAUGCAUGCCUUCCACCCAUCACCGUCGCCUUACGAUUUCGGCCUCCCCCGGCGCAAAGACAGAGUCUGUUUUGGUUUACGAUGAGAAGCGCAGUCUGAUGGAGAAUUCGUCCAGCCCGCCAUCUAGUCCAGUCCCCGAGAUCCGCAUCACGUUUCCCGAAGAGGAGGAUGAAUCUGGGAAGCGCAAGUCCGGACGCAUGGUGGUGGUGAGGAUUAGCGAUACCGGUGGCGUUGGCUUGGAGCCAUGCCAUGAGGAACUUCCGCCGUAUCAGUCCAGUGAUGCCGACCGUUUUCAUUCCCUGGAUAUUGAGCGUAUGGGUGGACUCAAGGAGAAAGACGACCUAAACAGGUGGUCUUAG